AUGGCCGAUUCUUGGAAGCGAGACGCCGGAGACGAUCAUCCAAACGACGAUGCGUCGGAUUCGUCGUCGUCCACCGUCGAUUCUGGAUCCGAGCGUGAGACUGGAGUUUCUCCAGAUCCGUUGACUGCACAAGGCGGACGAGGCUUUCUGGUAGGGGAGGAUAGGGUUUUGAGGUGGUUACAGGCGUUGGAUAUGCAAGUUUUGGGAGCGUGUCGAGGUGACGAGAGGUUGAAGCCGUUGUUGAAGCUGGACGUAUCUAACGGAGUGGCGGAAGAUCGAUUGCUCGCUCAUCUUAGCCAGCACUUUGAACCUGCGGAAAUUGGUAUGCUGGCGAGGUGUUUUUGCAUACCGUUGGUUUCAGUUCGCGUUGGGAAGAUUAACAAGGAAGGGACCUUAAUGCGUCCUACUCCCAUUAGGGGUAACUUGAGCCUUAUGAUCCUGCCAACAUCAGAUUUGCGACUCUCAUUUGUCGGAGACAAUGGCCACUCAGAGCAACUUUUCACUUAUGCCAACAAAUCUCAGUGCUCUGCGGUGUCAAUUGAGGAGAUCUCUGCAGACAGCUCUGGUAGAUCAUUUGUUAUAAGGAUCGCAGAUGGCAACACUUUUUACUAUUGGUGCUCAGAGAAGUCAAAACUUCUAGGAAUUGAACUGCGUAGGAAGAUGGAUGAGUUGAUCAAGAAGAAGCCAUCAGUCUCAGAACUAACAGGAAUUGAAGAAUCACGUCUUGGCUCUGUUGCUUCUCAUCUCCGUUUGUAUCUCAUGGGUUCGGUCGUGCCUAACAUCAAAGGUUGUCCAGUCCCAACUCCUGAUUCGUCAUCGUCUUCUGGUUCUUCUGAAACAACUGCUUCCUCCUCUUCUGCAUCAUCAAUAUCUCUUCGGGCACGCCACUCUGGGACGCACCUGGCUAAGUCUCAAGGAAGCAUCAGCUGUAGCUCAAGUUCCUUCGAAGAAAAUACACUGAGAAACUCUUCUCUACGUAUCUCCUCCAGAGAUGAAUCAAAGCAAAGCAGUGAAGACCAUUUCUCGAUCUUUGAAGUCACCACCAGUGCAGAAGGUUUCAUCCAGUCAGAAGAAGGUGAAGAAGCAGCAGAUGACAGUAAUGGAAUCGGUCAAAUACUCUUUUCUGAAGCAGCGGACUUGGGACUAACUUCACUGACCUUACCGCCACAGUUUCCUAUGAAGAUGGGUCCACCAGUGUUUUCUCCGUAUUACUGCUGGUGCCCUCCAAGCACCUCAUCGAUUCACGCACCAUCUGCUUCUUAUCAGUUCCCUCCACUAUCCAUCGAGCUACCUUUGCUUCCACCUCUUUCCUCCUUACUACCAUCAUCAGGGUCAGAUGGGUUCUUGAUUCCAUCAUCACCACUCGAUCUCUCCGACAUCCCUCCAUUGCCUUUGGUCCACCACAUACCCAUACCUGGCGCAUCAUCAUCAUCGUCAUCUUCCCAGCAGCAGAUGAUGAUUCCUAUAAUGUGCGACCCUAUCGUUCAUAUUCCAGUAAUGGAUAUAUGCUCGUCAGGUCAAGCUUAUCUGGUAAGCGCUGGACCUACCGGGAUGAUACCCACUGGAAUCCCACCGCUCUCGGUGGAGAAUGAGUCGCUGGUGGAGAAAGGAGCAAGAGAAACACUGAGAUUGCUCAUAAGCGGAGCCAAUGCAACAACCUCUGCUCCUUUGAACCACCACCACCACCACGGAAGCAGAGGUCUAUACAGUGGAACAAGGGACGUGAGUGGAGUGAGCUUGUUUGCACCCAUUGGGCUGAAACAACCGAGUGCAGGUGACGAGGGAGAAGGUUCUGGGGAUAGUGGGAGCUCAGGCGAAGCAGUGCCUCCCAAAGAGUCUUCUGGUUAGUGUUUUUUUUGAGGUUCUUUGUAAGUGUUUUUUUCUUUCUCCAAAAUGGAAAUCGAAAAAGUGUAUAGAAAGGGGAGAGGCUUGUGAAGCUCGUCUCUCGCUUAGUUCUUUUGGUUUAUGUUCAGCCAACUCUUUUGUUAUAAGGUGUAAUUAGUCUGUUUUUUUUUUCUGUGUAGCUUGGUUAUCAUCUUCGUUAUGUUUUGAAACUUAAAGGAGGCUAAGACCUUCGGGUAAUAAUUGAAAGUUGUUUUGACAUAUG